AUUUCCCUAAAAAAAAAUACCGGAUGUAAUUCCAUAAGUAAUUAUUUAAAAAUAUUUUACCAAUUCUGGUAGUGUAGCCUGUGCAAUAUUCUUGGUACCCUUAGAUGCUGAGGACGAGGUCUCACUGUGUCAUGAGAAUAUUCUGCACGCAGCCCAGAGCCAGAGAUUUCAGUAAAGAGGAGGCCUAAUGCUCUCUGACACAAGAGUCGCAUUGCCCCCUCCCCAUAGCUUAGAAAAUCAAUUUGUAUUUCUCACGUCAGGCAGGCGUGACCUAAUAUAUAGCAUACACAGCAUAAGAGAACUGCUUCAUACGUAUAUUAUGAGCUCAAGGAAACAAAAUGUUAAUACUGGAGCCAAAGAUAAAUGGAGAGGGAGGGGGGGAUGCCUUGUAUGGCGAUGGCAUGCGUUCGAGAAAAACAGUUAAGAAUGAGAAGAUGAAAACUGAUCAUGCAAUUGCUGUUCAUUGGGAGCCACCAUGCUUUUCUUGCCCCUUUCCACUUGUUAAAUGCAUGCAUAUUUCGUUAAUUCUCUUUAAUUUCUUCUUUACCAUGUUUUACUUGGCAGUAUAUGUACAGCAGCAAGGGUUUAGGAUUGCCGAGCAGCAAAAUCUAGCAGAUGAUCAAGCAAUUAUCAGCCUCUUAAUUAGUCUCGAUCUCGUCUCUUCAUUCUUAAUUUGCCCACUAUUAUCCUGGACGUCAUACAAUGGGGAGACCUCCCUGCUGUGAUAAGUCCAACGUGAAGAGGGGCCUUUGGACGCCCGAGGAAGAUGCCAAGAUACUCGCUUAUGUUUCCAAUCAUGGCAUUGGUAACUGGACUUCGGUCCCCAAGAAAGCUGGACUGAACAGAUGCGGGAAGAGCUGCAGGCUAAGAUGGACUAAUUACCUGAGGCCUGACCUUAAACAUGAGAGAUUCGCUCCCGAGGAGGAAGAGCUUAUUAUUAAGCUGCAUAAAGCGAUAGGUAGCAGGUGGUCUCUGAUUGCAAAGAAACUGCCUGGAAGAACAGACAAUGAUGUGAAGAACUAUUGGAACACUAAGCUCAGGAAGAUGCUUCAGAAGAUGGGGAUUGAUCCUGUGACUCACAAACCUUUUUCACAGAUUUUCUCUGACUUUGGAAACAUCAGUGGCAUUUCAAACACUGGAAACCUCAAUAAAUCCUUAAACACCAGUUUGAUGUCCGAACCUGAUCAUCAAUUCUCUUCUGCCAUCUUAACCACCCCUGAGCAUUCAUGUUUCAAGAAAACCAUGGAACAGCAAGUGCAGGAAUACAAUCCUACUGUUACUCACCCCACUUCAUGGGACUUUCUGGCUCAGUUUCCAGUCCAUGACACCAAACAGUUACCACUUUUCUUCAAUGAGGUCAGCUCUUCCUGCCCAUCAUCAACACCAUCUUCAUCUUCUACCAGCACUUUCACACAGUCCUAUUCCUGCCAAAAAUCUCAGGCUCCAUUGAUCACACCCACUUGUACCUUUACGUGUACUGAAUUUCUCCUCAGCGAUCCUGUUUCCUCCACUGAAUUUCAGCAUCAACAAGAGCAAUAUGACUUUGAUGAGAUGUUUUCACCAACCAACUCUUCAACUAUGGCAAUGGCACAGAAUGAUGUAUCAUCUUGCAACAUAACUAGUACUGGAAGCGAUGAUGAUUGGUACUUGAACCGAUCGGUUGGGCGGUCGACAUAUGAUCACGGAACUGUCAAUAAUGGACUUGAAGAGAACAACAAUGCUGCCGAUCAUGCGGCCUAUUAUUCGUCAUCUGCAAGUUCAUUUGUCGAUGGCAUCUUGGACAAAGACAGAGAGCUGCACUCGCAAUUUCCUCCACUUUUGGAUCCCUCUUUUGAUUGUUACUAAUUCAGAAGCUUGACAGCCAAUUUGGAGCUUAAAGCAAAAUGUUAAUGGAGCCUGCGUCAAUUCUAUCUCAUGUAAUACAGAGCUACAAACUAAGCUAUAGAGUGGGUUAUUUUCCCAGUUAGAGACCAUUUUCAUUAAUCAUCAUCAUGAAUAAGUCAUUCAUCAA